CGAGCAUAGUACGGUACAUUGUAUACCACACUACGUUCACCCAGCACUGUACACAAUCGCAUUGCAUGGUUCCCGACAUAACAAACAACACCAACAACAGCGUCACUCCACUCUUCCCAACUUCGACUCGAUAGCACACCCCCGCCCUCCCUCAGAUCAUGGCCGACCCAUUGUACGAACUGCUCGUACCCUACUUUGAUGCGCAAGACACGUCUACUCACAAUGCGCCCUCCCCUACCGACACCGCGACCACCGCAUACCUGUCCCGAUUGACCACACUCCCGCUUGCCGCAUUAUCUUCUUCCGAACAGCAGUCCCUCGCACAGAGCUCUCACUCUAUACUACGGUCCCUCCAAUCCCUCUCUAAACGGUCCUAUAAACCGAUAAUAGCGUCUUCAGACCACCUUUCACAUCUCCGAGAUACACUCCCGCAAAUUGGAACCAAUGCAAAUGCUGUCCACACAGAAUUACCAAAACUCGAGUCAGCUGCAAGACGUUUUUCCGACAAGUAUUCCAAGACUAGCGAAAAUCCCAUACUUGAACGCCGGGCCAAAGCAAUGCUUCUCGCAAGGAAUAUCGACAGAGUGUCCGAUGUACUCGACCUACCUACACUCCUGUCGUCCGCUAUCGCAUCUUCUACUACACCAGCUCAGGCAGCUUCGAAUAACACUACGUCUGCCACAAACGCAAAUUAUGCCUCAGCUCUCGACCUAUACGCACACAUCAAGCGGCUUUCGACCUUGUAUCCAGAAUCCCAACUCAUAGCCUCCCUGUCCUCCCAGGCUGAGCAAGAAAUGAAGACCAUGACAUCAAACCUGAUCGCUGGUCUGCAGUCCCAGUCAAUCAAACUUGCGGGUGCAAUGCGAACAAUUGGUUGGCUGCGGCGGGUUGCCCCUGAACUUGAUGAGUCCUGGUCCUCCAAAAAGUCUACCAUUGGCACCGGCGAGGGCAGUUUAGGUGCAUUGUUCCUGGUUUGCAGAUAUGGCUGCCUCGAGGGGAUUCUGUCGGCACUAGACCCAUUGAAAGAACUAGCAGACCAAGAGACAGAACAGAGACUUAAGUCUGGAAACAAAAGCACGGGUUGGGGCCAGCAAACAGAACGAUAUUUGAAGAGAUAUAUCGAGAUCUUUCGGGAGCAGAGCUUCGCCAUUAUCUCUAUGUACAAGGAUAUCUUCCCCUCCGCGCUCCCAAUUCCAUCGACAGAAGAUGACCCUGCUCCUGCAGUCCAACCCGUAAACAAUGCGCAGGCAAACCCACUUCAGCCGAUUCCAUCCGCUCUCGCAACUUUCCCACUCCAUUUGGUUGAGCUACUUUUCGACACCCUGCGAACUUAUCUUCCAAACAUUCAAGACCGAUCAUCAAGGGACUCUCUACUUACACAAGUCCUUUACUGCGCCAAUUCCCUGGGAAGAAGAGGUGGUGACUUCAGUAUGAUGAUUGCUCUGCUCGAGGAAGACUUGCGCGCUGAGCUUGGCCAUGAUAACGAUGACGAAGCGGAAGACGAGUGGAUUGAGGUGAUGAAGAAGCACAGAGUGCAGGCCAGCAGAUUAGAGUUACUGGCCAGUGGUGUCGGAACUAGUAGAACUACCAGCCCGGCGGAAAGAGCUGUCAGUCCCGCGCGUUGAGACGCAUCCGCUUCCUG